AUGCUGGUGACCUAUUUGGAAGCCAUCCGGGACCUUUGCGAGACGGACUCAAUUCUUUUUGGCGCCGCACUGGCAGUGUGCCGUAUUAUAGGCGCCAAACUUUCCACGGCUGAACGCGCUACUGGACAAAGUAGCGCUAUCCCAGCCUGGACAAUAAGAAUUGAAGAACGUAUCGCAAAGGCUAGGGCCCUCAUCGGCAGACUGAUAUGCUUCAGGUCAGGCAACAACAAGCCAAGGAUUGUGCGCACCGUCAGGAUGGCAUUUGCUGGGACAAAUUUUAGUUUGUCCCAGCCGGAUAUAAUACAAAAACUGACAGAGCGCAUAGACGACCUGAAGGAGAGAAUCGCUGCUUGGGGAAAGCGGAUUCGGCGAUAUACCGAGAGGUCGACAGGGUUUAACCAGAAUCGUCUCUUCCAGAGUGAUCAGAAGAGGCUCUAUAAAUCGUUGGAACGACCAAUGGUAAGUGGAACGGGCCCAGCACCGAAUCAGGCCGACACUGUAGCAUUCUGGCGCGGCCUGUGGUCAGAGCCCAUAAACCACAGCGAGGGCCCCUGGACGGAAGUUGUGGCGAGUCAGUGUGCGAGUAUAACGCCCAAGGACCCCGUCAUUAUAACGCCGGAUGACGUAGCUGAGGCGGUCCGUAGGGCCCCGAACUGGAAAAGUCCGGGAAUCGAUGGGCUGCAUCACUACUGGCUGAAGGGGUUUGUGGUGUGUCACACUGUGCUCGCCCGACAGUUCCAAGAGGCUCUCAACCAGAAGUCGCUCCCGAGCCUCUUCACUACUGGGAUCACUCAUUUGGUUCCUAAAGACCAGGUUACCACAGACCCGAGCAAAUACCGCCCAUCACGUGUCUGCCGACCAUAUACAAGACAAUAA